AUGACCACCUCGCCCAACAACGACUGGGUCGCCCUGUGCGAGGCAAAACGAAACGCCCAAGCAGCGUCCAUACCGCCAUCCUGGGUGAUCACACCACCGGCGCCGGAUACCCAGCUCAACGUCCUCGAUAUCCCGCAGACAUGCGGCCUGCUCACCCCACGCGAACUCGAGAUAACAGAAUUCGGCGCUCGCGAUGUCUCUGAGCUCGUUGAGAAACUGGCAAAGGGAGAAUGGUCUAGCGUCGAGGUGACGACGGCGUAUUAUAAGCGUGCUAUAGUUGCACAUCAAGUGACCAACUGUCUCACAGAAAUAUUCGUGGAUCGUGCUCUAGCGCGCGCUAAGGAACUCGACGAGUAUCUAGCACAGAAUGGCAAACCUAUAGGUCCUCUUCAUGGCCUUCCCAUGUCUCUCAAAGAUCAAUUCACCAUGAAAGGCCUCGAAACUAUCAUGGGAUAUGCGUCCAACAUUGGCAAGUUUGCAGAAGAAGACUGUGUCCUCGUCGAGAUGCUUUACGACCUUGGCGCAGUCCCUUUCGUGCGUACAAACGUCCCACAGACACUCAUGUGGGGCGAAACACAUAAUAAUGUCUUUGGCCGAACUACGAAUCCGUACAAUCGCGGAUUAACUCCAGGCGGAUCCUCUGGUGGAGAAGGUGCACUCCUGGCCAUGAAGGGGAGUCCUUUAGGUAUAGGUACAGAUAUUGAUGGUUCCCUUCGGAUCCCUUCUGCGUUUUGUGGCCUCUAUACUCUACGCCCAUCAUACGAACGCUUGCCAUACUAUGGAGCAUCCAAUGCGUUGACUGGGCAAGAAUCCAUUUCUUCGGUCCUGGGACCAAUGUCGACGUCCCUCUCUUCACUCAAAUUGCUCACGCGAUCACUGAUUGACGCGCGGCCAUGGGAGAAAGAUCCCUUGGUCGUGAGGAAGAGGUGGUGCGAGGAUGAGUAUAAGCUGGUGGAACACGGGGGAGGAAAGGGGAUGGUAUUUGGGGUCAUAUGGGAUAAUGAGGUCGUUAGGCCGCACCCCCCGCUUGUUAGAGCGAUGAAGUAUGUGAAACAGGCGUUGGAGCGGGCUGGACACAAAGUAAUCGACUGGAAACCACUCAACCAUAUUGACAUAUAUAAAAAUGCUCAAACAAUUUUGGUGGCGGAUGGCGGAGAAGAUUACAAGCGUGAUUGUGCGCUUUCGGGAGAGCCCCUGAUCACAUCGAUGAGCCCUGAGGCGGGCGCCCACCCAAUACCUGGUGAGGCUGCUCAUAGCAUGGAGCUGGAGCUCUGGCAACUUCACAACGAGAAGCGUGCCUUGCGCAAAGCGUACCUAGAUCAUUGGAAUUCCACGAAGAGUAUUACAGGGACAGGAAGACCUGUCGACGCAAUCAUAUCCCCUGCAGUAGCGUAUACUGCAGUGCCACACGGGCUUAACUAUGACUCCUUUUACACCACUCUUGGAAAUUCGAUGGAUUACGCGUGUUCUGGUUUCCCGGUGACUUUUGUUGACCCCAAGCUAGACGUGCCGCUGCCUCCACACGAGUUCCAUAAUCACGAAGACGAGGCGUUUUAUAAACUAUAUCAUCCUGAUCUGUUCCCUGGUGUUCCUGUUGGGCUUCAGCUCAUCGGCCGGACACUUGAAGAAGAAGCGGUCAUUAGGAUGACUGAGAUUGUGGAUUCGGCGUUGAGGAAAUGGAAGGGGGAGAAUGGACUUCAGUGA